GACACUGGAGGAACUGCAGUUUUUUGUACUUUAGCUGUUGGCUUCAUUUCUCAGGAUGUGAUACUUUUCUGUACAUUAAACCCGAAUCAGUGAACAGGCUCUCUUCCACUCCCUCCUCUCAUCGUCUCUGCUUCCUUCAGUGUUUCCUUCAGUGUUUCCUUCUCUCCUUUAACCUUCUCGUACUCACAGACUCGACUCGCUCGCUCGUGGCUAACAGGCUGCAGCUUGUCAUGUCUUUGCUGGAUAUAAAUGAUUUGCACCAGCUUACACUGCAGAGUCCAGGAGGUUCUUCCUGCUCAGGAGACCCUUCCGGACCGUCUCCAGGCGAGCCGUGAACUCACACGUGCGCCGUGUUUCCUCUCUGACAGGCCACCUGUGAGCGAGGCUUUGCAGCGAUGGAGGAGUCCCAUCAGAAGGUGAUCGACGAGCUGCAGAGGAAACACCAGAGGGAGCUGGAGAACCUGCACGAGGAGAAGGAGAGGCUGCUGGCAGAGGAGACUGCAGCUACUAUCGCUGCGAUCGAGGCGAUGAAAAACGCCCACCGCUCAGAGCUGGUGAAGGAGCUGGACAAAGCUCGCAAGGCCAACAGCAACAACGAAAAUGCAGACAUCGAGGAGAUCCGCAGGCUGCACGAGGAGGAGUUGUGUUCGUUCCACCGGGAGAUCGAGGUCUUGUCGGAGCAGUACUCACAGAAGUGUCUAGAAAACGCUCACCUGGCUCAGGCGCUGGAGGCCGAGCGUCAAGCCCUCAGACAGUGUCAGCGAGAGAACCAGGAGCUCAACGCACACAACCAGGAGCUGAACAACCGUCUGGCUGCAGAGAUCACAAAGAUGCGUUCGAUGACAUCAGAGGAUGGAGGCGGAGACUCGAACGCCACGAUCCAGGGCAAAGAGCUGUACGAGUUAGAGGUGAUGCUGCGGGUGAAGGAGUCAGAGGUUCAGUACCUGAAGCAGGAAAUCAACUCCCUGAAAGACGAGCUCCAGGCUGCCCAAAGAGACAAGAAGUACGCCACAGAUAAAUACAAGGACAUCUACACGGAGCUGAGUAUCGUCAAGGCCAAAGCGGAGCGGGACCUGGGCCGGCUCCGAGACCAGCUGCAGCUCGCUCACGAGGCGCUCGGGGAGCCGACGCUGGAGGAGGUGGAGCGAGGAGGAUACGACAUCAUGAAGUCCAAAAGUAACCCCGACAUCCUGAAGAUGGCGGCUGCAGCGGCCAAACGCUCAGAGAGAACCAUGAGGUCAAAGAGUCUGAAGGAGGGGCUGACGGCCGAGCAGAGACUCCACCUGUUCGACAACAAAGACACCAAGGAGUUCUGACAGCGACGCUUCAAGUCCGCCUGCAUGUUCAAGGCCACCUUAUAUUUUAGCUCUGUACUGACUCAUUUAGAAACACUACACACUGGUCACAAACACAUCGUAUGUUACUGAGAAGAUGAAGUUUGAAUUUCUAGAUGUUUGCAUUCCAUGCACUUCAGUUAACUGUGACGUUUUGUCUUACUGUAAAUAUUCUGAUUUUAAACUCUGACUGUGUAAGCUACUGUUUUAACUCUAGACUGUUGCUAGCCAAAGGCAGGAAUGUUACGAUGACACUUCAUACUGACCCUACAGGAGCCAGCGUGGCGUUCAGGCGUGCACGUUAGCGCUCCGAUGCUCCGAUAACCUGCAGCACAGGCGGCAGAGAGAAACGAGCUCGUCUGCAUCGGGAACAAACAGCCGCCAUGUUCCUCCAUCGCCCGACUCCCACACUAACACCCGGAAGGUUCUCGGAUCCAUCUGAGACCGGCACGGACGCGUUCACUGAUUCUAAUUUAAUUUUAUAUAUAAGAAAGUUUAUAUCGAGUGUGUUUGUUUUCUCUCGCUGCAGUCGUGGGCGGAGCCAAUGAGGAGGAGGGGUGGAGCUGUAGUCUGUUCAGUCCCUUUGUAUUUAUUGAAGCGGUUGGGAUCUUUUCUUUCACAUUCCCAUUCCUCUGUACUCUAUUAUUGUAAAUAUAAAGCAAAUAUACACCAACUGACAACAAGUUUAUUAGCAAUAAAUAUUUUUGCACCCUUA